UACUCUCUGUUACACCGUCUGCAAGCCAUACCCCCAAUGUCUGCAAGCCAUACCCCCAAUGUCUGCAAGCCUUACGGCACUGCCACGUCAGGCGCAGACAUAGAACUCAGCUCGAGAUGUCUACUCAGCCAGAAAUCACUCCCAGCCUUGCCUCUAUCGUACACACAUAUUCUGCAUUUUCCAGCUGUACACUCUAGAGAUGGGAACCAACAUGGAGGACCUGGCGGGUUUAGUCGGCAAUCUGAGCAUUGCCGCCGCACCUCUGCAUCGCGGACAGGAACCGCGCCGCUCAACAGGCAGCCAUCCAGUCUCCCUCCAGGACGCUGUCCGCACGCUCAUUCAAUCUACCAACACUAUCACCUCGCAAUCUCAAUCUAUCAGAUCCCUGACCGACGAUGCCAAAUCCUCGGGUAACUUGUCUAUCACGGAGGUAUGCUUGCUCAGUGAGGGAAUCAAAAAGCUUACAGACAUUGCUUCCCAUCUUCGAGCCACUGUCGAUGAACUUCAUGAAGCGACGGAGAGGUCUGUUAUCAGACGGCUCAGGUCGCUUGGAAAUCCUUGUGAAACCGUUUCCAGGAUCUUGAAACAUUUUGAUAGACAGAUCAGGAACAUUGUCCGGAAUGUCCUCAAUCAUACCAGCGAUCGGGACGUGCUGUGGAAGGUUGCUGAGGAAUGCUAUAAGCAAGCCACUAACCGUUCUGGGAUUCUCGACGCCGAUGACUACUUCAUUGCCCUCGAAGGAGCCAGUCUGGGAUGGCCGUAUGACUCCGACUUCGAGAGCGAAGAAUACUAUGAGCAUGAGAAUCGCCUCGACGUGGAUGAAGGUUACGCUACAGCUUUUCAACUACAAGUGGAGCAUAGGUCCGAGAGCCGUCGGAAGGAGCGGCAGCGAUGGACGGAUUUUUGGGUCAGGGUUGUGAACAAUUCGCCUGCAGGACCAACCUUGUUCUAUCCGCCAGCAAGCUUUCAUGCCCAACAUCUGAGAUUCGAAGCUGUCCCCAAGUACUUGUUUCGCACAUUCGAUGACGCCAGCUCAGGGAUAAGUGACCAGAGCGUAAUAGCAUCUAUAGCGAGCAUCAGUGGAUCGCAGCGAAACAGCCGAACCGAUAUUCUAACACUGGAAAGUCGGACAGCAACAGAGUUGCUAUAUGCGCAUCUGGACAAGUCGUGCUUUGGCGGGGAGGCCUCUGAUAACCUCAUGUCCUGGACAAGCUCCCUACUCUUCGCCAUUCAAUACGCGGUUUGGAGACUCACGAUCCGCCGAUGCAGCACGUCUGACAUCAAGAUAUGCGUCGUUGACACCAGGGACUUUCCCCAAGGACAAUUCGCGCAAGAUAUCUGGUUACUCCAAGCAUAUGAAGCAACUGCCAAACGGUUGAGCAAUCAGAUCCGAGGGAUACAAUGGAUGUUUGACUCACGCCUCGAGCGCGGAGACUACUAUAACGGCGAAUACCUUUCUCAAGGGGCAGUAAACAUCACAUCUCGAUCCUGUAUAGUCUCCCUAGAGCAGCUAAUCCAGGCCGGCCUCUUCCAACUCUAUCCCGAGUUUGACGACCCUGAAGGUCGCAGGCAAUGGACGAAACGAGUCAUUCAAUUGCGGCAGAACUGGUCAGCCGAGCAAGUAACGACUGAUCGGGAGAUUGAGCUUGCGGUCAGAAUCGCCCGCAACUGCUUCACGCGAUUCGAGGCAAACGAUAUCGCUCUCGUCCUCCUAACUUUCAAAAAUCGCCGGUGCAAAGCGCAGAAACGCACAAGCAAUGUAGAUCAUGUCAACGAACGGCUGCCAGGAUGGGCGGACAAGCCAGACGAAGUGCGUCGAUACUGGAUUGCAACGGAAGCAAUCAAUUCCUCCCAUCAUAUGACGCUACUAGAUCUCCUUUUUUUACUUUGAUUAGGAUUUCCAUCGCCCAAGCUCCUCAGUACAUAUGAGCGAUUCCCCGAGAGCAUUGGAUUCUUCAAGGCAAGCACUUGUAUACCCGUACCACUGUAGGGGGAGAGUAGUGAUUGGUUUCGCUCAAACGCGAU